UGUGAUGUGCUGUGCUGCUCUAAUAUUGUGGUGGUUGAUGAAGAUGCGCUCCAUCAAUGUGAUGAGGCUGAAGCUUCUCGGACUGUGGCAGGGGUUGUGGCGCUAGUUACGACCCCGUAUUUGGACGAAACUGGACGAGAACUAGGCAGUCUGAAUACAGUACUUGCGAUUCGCAACACUCAUUCAACUCAGUCAAUGGCGCUCGAGUAUUCCCAAUCGAUUGUCAAUCGCUUCUUAUACGUCGAAUAGCCAGGCGCUCUCGUACUGCCUCACCUGCGGAUUGUCUUGGAGCUUCGUACUUCAAAUCCUCCGAAGUGGCUGAGCAUCUCCACCAAGAGCUUACAAUACUUACACGGCCAUCACCACAAAGAACACAACUUUUACGACGCAACGAUCGAUUCGAAAUCAGCAUCAACAACGUAAUAUCGCCUCAUCGAGACGUGGAUGAUUGUAGACACUGCGCCGUCUGGACUGCGACAAUCUUUAGCUGUUUUCCAGCAUGGCUGGUCAACCCCCGAAUCAUAGGAACGACCUUCUGCUCGACCUCAAUGAUGACCAACCCGUAUAUAACGAUGGCCAGCGGCCUCCUAUGAAUGAUGACGACCUGCUACGGGCAUACAACGCUGACCACGAUGAAACGAAUCCCCGUCCUUCGAUAUCUUACGAUGACUUUGUGGGGGCUGGCGGAGGACAACAUCCAUCAAGACAACUUCCUGGCGGACCUGGAACUGUGCCAGGAGCUGGACCAUACGUGUCUAAUACUGGAAACAGGACAUAUAGUCAGACUUCCGGCCUAGGGAACUAUCAGCGAUACGCGGAUGAUUUGGACGAUUUUCCGGACGACGGACAAUCAUACUACCACCAAGGCGGAGCUAUUCCUGGGGAUGGAGCCGGAAUGCAGAUGGGAAGCAAACCUAGGAAUCGCAAUAGUGUACUGAGUAUGGGUGGUGGACUGAUGGGGAGAGCAAAGAGUAUGCUUGGGAUGGCCCCGGAGUAUUCGGAAAUGGAUCUGCCCUUGACUGAGCCUGGUGGAAGAGCUCGAACAGACUCAAACGUACCAGAGACUUCAAAGCAGGCGGGAAAGAAGUUUGACGUGGGAAAAUUCAAAUUUGGCUUUGGGAGGGGGAAACCGGACCCUUCUACGCUUGGCCCUAGAAUUAUCCAUCUCAACAACCCUCCCGCCAAUAGUGCGAAUAAGUACGUGGACAAUCACAUCUCCACCGCGAAAUACAACGUCGCUACCUUUAUGCCGAAAUUCCUCUUCGAACAAUUUUCCAAGUUUGCCAACAUUUUCUUCUUGUUUACUGCAGCAUUACAACAGAUACCCAACAUUUCGCCAACAAACAGAUAUACAACAAUUGGACCUUUGAUUCUUGUAUUGCUCGUAUCUGCUGGUAAAGAAUUAAUCGAGGAUUACAAGAGAAAGACAUCGGACAAAUCGCUCAACAAUUCGAAGGCAAGGGUUUUGAGAGGCAGUCAAUUCGAGGAGACGAAAUGGAUCAAUGUUGCGGUAGGGGAUACCAUUCGGGUCGAGUCAGAGGAGCCUUUCCCAGCAGAUAUUGUGCUGCUCGCGAGUUCGGAACCCGAAGGUCUUUGCUAUAUCGAAACCGCUAAUCUGGAUGGAGAAACCAAUCUCAAAAUCAAGCAAGCGAUCCCAGAAACAUGUGUGAUGGUUAGCUUGAACGACUUGAGUAGACUUGGAGGCAAGCUACGUUCGGAACAGCCCAACAGCAGCUUGUACACUUAUGAAGCCACUUUAACCUUGGCCGCUGGAGGUGGAGAAAAGGAACUCCCGAUUCAGCCCGACCAACUUCUGCUCAGAGGGGCAACACUUCGAAAUACGCCUUGGAUCCACGGCAUUGUUGUUUUCACGGGCCACGAGACGAAACUCAUGCGCAAUGCAACAGCUACUCCUAUCAAGAGAACUGCUGUGGAAAGACAACUGAACAUGCUUGUCCUCUUGCUUGUCGGAAUUCUUGUCGCACUGAGUGUAAUCAGUUCGAUCGGGGACUUGAUAGUCCGUGCGUACCAUGGAAAAGAAUUGAGCUAUCUCGGUUAUGCUGUGUCAACCAGUGCCUUGAAGAAAGUCCAGCAGUUCUGGUCUGAUAUCUUCACGUACUGGGUCCUUUACUCCGCACUUGUCCCCAUCUCUCUGUUCGUCACGAUCGAAAUUGUCAAGUACUGGCACGCCAUUCUGAUCAAUGACGACCUAGACAUGUAUUACGACAAGAUGGACACCCCUGCGGUAUGUCGAACGUCAAGUUUGGUCGAAGAGCUGGGUAUGGUAGAGUAUAUCUUUUCCGACAAGACUGGAACAUUGACUUGCAACCAAAUGGAAUUCAAGGAGUGUUCGAUUGGAGGAAUACAGUACGCCACCGAAGUGACGGAUGACCGUCGGGCUACCUUUCAAGAUGGUGUUGAGGUUGGAGUGCAUGACUUUACUCGGCUGAAAGAGAACCUCGAGUCGCACGAGUCAGCGCUUGCCAUACACCACUUUUUGUGCCUUUUAGCAACAUGCCAUACUGUCAUUCCCGAGAGGAAGGAAGAAAACCCAGGUGUUAUAAAGUAUCAGGCGGCAUCUCCAGAUGAGGGUGCGCUGGUCGAAGGCGCAGUAUUGAUGGGUUAUCAGUUUACAGCCAGAAAGCCCAGAUCUGUCCAGAUAACCGUCAAAGGCGUUGAGUACGAAUACGAGCUUUUGGCCGUCUGUGAAUUCAACUCGACUCGGAAGCGAAUGUCGGCCAUUUUCCGAUGUCCCGAUGGACAGAUCAGGUGUUACUGCAAGGGCGCAGAUACGGUCAUUUUGGAGCGUCUUGGCGGUGACAAUCCUCAUGUGGAAUUGACCUUGCAGCAUCUGGAAGAGUAUGCCUCGGAGGGCUUACGAACCCUGUGUCUGGCUAUGCGCGAAAUCCCUGAGCACGAAUUCCAAGAGUGGUGGAGGAUCUUCGACAAGGCGCAGACAACCGUCAGCGGUAACCGAGCUGAUGAGCUUGACAAAGCCGCAGAGCUCUUGGAAAAGGAUUUUUACCUCCUCGGGGCGACUGCCAUUGAAGACCGUCUUCAAGAUGGAGUGCCUGAAACCAUCCAUACUCUUCAGGAGGCAGGCAUCAAAGUCUGGGUAUUGACGGGAGAUCGUCAGGAGACUGCCAUCAACAUUGGCAUGAGUUGUAAACUCAUUAGCGAAGACAUGACCCUACUCAUCGUCAAUGAGGAAACCGCAGGCGACACUCGAGACAACAUACAGAAGAAGCUUGAUGCCAUUCGCACGCAAGGCGAUGGAACAAUUGCUAUGGACACUCUGGCUCUUGUCAUUGACGGAAAAUCGUUGACAUACGCUCUGGAAAAGGAUCUGGAGAAAAACUUUCUGGACCUUGCAGUCAUGUGUAAGGCCGUUAUUUGCUGUCGUGUGUCGCCUCUACAGAAAGCUUUGGUUGUGAAACUCGUCAAACGUCAUCUGAAAGCCAUUCUUCUGGCCAUUGGUGAUGGUGCCAAUGAUGUAUCGAUGAUUCAAGCAGCUCAUAUCGGUGUCGGUAUCAGCGGUAUGGAAGGUUUGCAAGCUGCACGAAGUGCUGAUGUUGCUAUUGGUCAAUUCAGAUAUCUACGGAAGCUUCUUCUGGUUCAUGGCGCUUGGAGCUACCAAAGAGUUUGCAAGGUCAUCUUGUACUCCUUUUACAAGAACAUCACUCUAUAUAUGACCCAGUUUUGGUACUCGUUCCAGAACGCCUUCUCUGGAGAAGUCAUCUACGAAUCCUGGACUUUGUCGUUCUAUAACGUCUUUUUCACAGUCUUCCCACCGCUCGCCAUGGGCAUCUUCGAUCAGUUCAUAUCGGCACGUCUCUUGGACAGAUAUCCACAACUGUAUCAGCUUGGCCAGAAAAACACUUUCUUCAAAAUGCAUUCCUUCUUCUCGUGGGUUGGCAAUGGAUUCUACCAUUCGUUGAUUCUAUACAUUGCUUCUGAAGGAAUAUGGUGGCUUGAUCUACCUCAAGGUGACGGCAAAACAGCUGGUCAUUGGGUAUGGGGUACAGCUCUAUACACCGCCGUUCUUGCUACCGUCCUAGGCAAGGCAGCCUUGGUGACCAAUAUCUGGACCAAAUACCACGUCAUCGCCAUUCCUGGCAGUAUGAUCAUCUGGAUGGCUUUCAUCGCUGUCUAUGCCACAGUAGCACCAAUGCUUGGAUUUUCUACGGAGUAUGAAGGCGUUGUUCCAAGACUCUUCACAAGUCCCGUCUUCUGGUUGCAAGGACUAGUUCUACCAGUCCUUUGCUUGUCCCGAGAUUUCGCAUGGAAAUACGCCAAACGCAUGUAUUAUCCACAGUCAUAUCACCACAUCCAAGAGAUCCAGAAAUACAACAUUCAAGAUUACAGACCAAGAAUGGAACAAUUCCAAAAAGCUAUUCGCAAAGUACGACAAGUGCAACGUAUGCGCAAGCAACGCGGUUACGCCUUCUCACAAGCCGACGAGUCGCAGACACGGGUUUUACAAGCUUACGAUACCACACGUGAGCGUGGCCGAUACGGAGAGAUGGCAAGUUCUAGACCGGAAGGACGAUAAUGAUGAAAGGAGGAAGUCCGAGGCGGCAAUGUAUGAAACUUUGGGUAAUUCUACUGUACUUUUUUGUUUCUCUCAAUGGGGGCUUUGGUUUGGACCAAGAAUAUUUGACCGACGCAUUUCAAGGGUGGAUUGGCCACCCUUGAAUCCGGUGUGGUCUGGUCUUAAAAGGCGCGUUUGGGCACUGGACUGACUGAAUGAAAUGAUAUAUUCUGGAAGUAAAUUAUGGAUGGUUGGGUCGAGGGAGUCGUGGCUGGCAGCAAUUGCAAUGAGAUUCUGAUCCCUCUCAUGUUACACUCUAUGUAAAAUGCACUUGAGCCUGAACUUACGGUAGGAGGGACGAAUCGAGAUCAUCCAGUAGUUGCCAUGAAUUGAAUUGACGGCAGACUGGUCGUUGAAACUAACUCAAUGUUCCCUUGAUAUCUCCACACGUUGGGAAUAGCCGUGUCUUUACAUUCUGAAAUGGUAUUAUUCACUUCCGGCUCUUCUCAUCAAUGUUGCCGUUCAUUUCGUCCAAACCAUAUUAGCAUGCCAGCGAGAC